UUAUUCUACAUUAAUUUGAUUCUGAAUGAAAUUUGAGUAAGACCUGUAAUAUAUGAUAUUAAAUGAAAGAUUUGAAUUAGAUCACUUGUGUAUGUAUGUUAAUGUAAUUUGACAAGUACUUGCAGAAAUUAUUAGUGUUAAUUUGGUCUGUGCGGCGUGAUAAUUACACAGAAAGAGUAGGAAGUUGCUUAAUAUGGAAAGGAAAUACGAGCAGGAACUUGCUUAACAUUGAAAGGAGCACCUGCAUUACUUAAAUAGUUGUUCUGAAGUUCAAAAGAACAACUUGUCUGUAGAGAGUAGAGAUGUGAUACAAGUACUUGACAGUUGUUUGAUGGUCAGUUAACAUGAAAACUUUAAGCCUAGAGUCCCGGCGGCCACACUGCAACUGUAGUGGAAACAAUCGUUUAACUGUUACACAUUUAUUUUAUUUAUGUUUUUGUGGUUUGUAUUUUAUGCCAGUUACAUGCAGUUUUGGCUAUGUGCGUAUAGUGGGUGUUCUUCUUUGUGCCGGGAGGUUAAGUUUAGGCUUAGCUUUGGCAGAAUAUGGUUUAGAUACAUAUCUUUGUCAUUUUCCAAUUUUUGUGGCGGUAUGUAGAUUUUUUACCAAUCAUGUCUUUAAAGGAAAUUUUGCGUUCUAUGUAAAUAUGUUUUUUUACCAGAUCUAUCUCCAUCUUUCUAUCAUUUUGCGAACUUUUGCCCUGCACAAUAACAUCGUUGUCCUUUUAGUUUUCUACUAGUCAAACAAAUGGCAGUGGUCAUUGAGGCAGCAAUUUAGAGCAUGGUGGUCGCCGAGGUAGCAAGGAGAAAAAGUCUCACAGCAACAAGAGACCAGUGGAGCACCUUGUCCGUGAUGAGAAUUAUUUAAUCUGUCCACCUGUAUAGUUAUGUGUUAAUUUAGCUUGAGGAGUAAUGUUGCAAGGUACUUUGCUUAUUAUGAACAAUAGCUUCUUAUUGAUGAUUAGCAACAAAAAAAUGUUGCAAAUGUCUUUUCGGUGUUAAAUGCUUAGAAAUCUUCUGGAAAUUCCACAAGUAUCAUUUGCCGGUGUUGGGGAUCAUUUUAUAAUUCUAAUGAGGUGAUAAUGGUUCAGGAAAAGGUGGUGGUGGAUUUAAGCUUUUUGGGGUUAACAUAAAUUUACAAGAGGACUUGUAUAAUACAUCUCCUGAAUCUAGUUCGAAGAGGAAGAGGAUUCGUAAGGAUUGCAAUCGUGAUUUGUGCAAUCGUGGACGACAACACCAUGGGAUUGCUCGUGAUGAUCCUGGCUAUCAUUCUGAUAAUUCGCUUCAUGUCCAUUCCGGAAGACCUGCCCGUGUGCGAAAUAAAGCGAUACCAUGGACCCAAAGUGAGCACAUAAGUUUCUUGAUUGGUCUUGAAAAGCUAGGAAAGGGUCACUGGAAAGGAAUUUCGAAGGACUAUGUGCCCACUAAGACACCAACUCAAGUGGCCAGUCAUGCACAGAAGUAUUUUAUUAGGAUCAGUGGAGUAGAAAAGAAGAGAGCAAGCCCUUUCGACAAUAUGUUCAGUGUAUCUAAUUCACCUCCUCGCUUGUCUACUGCCGCAUCCUUUAAUGCUUCAGAAGGUUCCCAACAGGCUAUGACUACUGCUGUCAACUCUUCAAAGAAAGCUAGUAGAAAACGUGGACUGGAUGGCUUAUCGGCUAAUAUUGCAGCUAAUAAGAGGAUACCCCCAGUGUCCGCAACUAGAGCUAAUGCUUCAGAUGUGUGUCACAUAUCAAACAAAACUGGAGACCCUGGACAGAGCUUCGCUGCAGCCCUUGUUACACAGCAGACGGAAUUGCGUCCAAUGCUAACUGAUAAAUUCCCCAGUUAUAUCUAUGACUCAAGCAGGCAUGCAAUUUUCCCAGCACAAGGUCUGUUCCGUCAUCCUCAACCCAUAACUAACGGAACAUCUCAAGCACAGCCAGCAACUACAGUAGCUGAGAAUUCUGCUAUUUUGCACCAUUACUGAAUCAGUAUCCGACUGUCAAGGAACUAAGGGUUCAAACCUGCGGCAAAAAGCAAGAACUCGAUGUUCAUCCAUUUACUAGCAUGAGUUUUACUAUAAAUUGCAUAAAAGCUGCUGCCAAGUUCAUCAGUACACAAGCAGUUGAACAAUUUUAUCUUUGGUGUAGUUCUUGGUUCAGACAUUGUAGGUUGAGAACUAAUUUCGUGUUUCUGUAUUGACCAGGAGUUUUUGGUCCUUAAUUGAGAUUUAAAAACUUUCUUGGUACAUUUUUUUUUUUUUCUAUUUACCUUAUCUGUCUGAUUACUCUCUUUUGAAUAACAUUUUGCCCUAACCUUUCA